AUUAUUUAUGGAUUUGUACAUAAUAUUAUUUUUCUCCUUGUACUUUGAAUUUGAUCUUUCGGAGCAAUUCAGAUAAUCCUAUCAAUCAACAGCGUUGACAGAUUUUAAUAUUUUGUUGUAGUAGUCGAAUCAAAAUGGCAAAUAAUAUUCAAGUGGCCGUAAAAGUUCGACCUCUUAUUAACAGAGAGAAAAUUGAAAACUUAAGCAGUGUAUGGACAGUAAAAGAUAAUUUAAUAUUUCCCAUAGAUUACCCUGAACAGCAAUAUAUAUUUGAUCAUAUAUUCGUCGCUGAAGAUUCCAAUGCAGAGGUUUUUGCAAAAGUGGCUCAGCCAAUUGUGGAAUCAGCUGUUAAUGGAAUUAAUGGAACUUUAUUUGCCUAUGGGCAAACUGCCUCUGGAAAAACUUACACGAUGAUGGGCACGAAAGAAGAGCCUGGAGUGAUUAUUCUUUCUAUAUUCCAUAUUUUUGAGCAAAUUAAAAAUAUUACUGGUCGACAUUUUCUGUUAAGGGUAUCAUAUUUGGAACUUUAUAAUGAAAAAUUACGUGACCUCCUAACAAAUGAUGGUAAAGAUAUUAAGAUCAGAGAGGAUGUAAAUGGUGUUGUUAUUUCAUGUAGAGAAGAAGUGACUAACUGUCCAAACCAGAUGCUAGAAUUUAUGCAAAUGGGUAAUAAAAACCGUAGAAUCGGUGAAACAAAUAUGAAUGAACGAAGCAGUAGAUCUCAUACCAUUUUUAGAAUCAUUAUAGAAUCCAGUCCACAAAAUCCUUCGGAUGAUGCUGUGCUACAGGUAUCACAUUUAAAUUUAGUUGAUCUCGCAGGUUCUGAGAGAGCUAAUCAGACAUUUGCUACUGGAGCAAGAUUAAAAGAAGGCGGUCAUAUAAAUAAAAGUUUACUAGCCUUAAGUUUAGUAAUUAAAUAUUUAAGUGAGGGACAGGAUAGUAAAACAUUUAUUAAUUACCGAAAUAGCAAACUAACACGAUUACUACAAAAUUCACUAGGAGGUAAUGCAAUGACCGGGAUAAUAUGCGCUAUUACACCAGUUGCAUUAGAUGAGACACAUAGCACAUUACAUUUUGCAUCUACUGCCAAAAAGAUAAAAAAUAAACCACAGGUGAAUGAAGUUCUGUCUGAAACGACAAUGUUGAAACGAAGGGAACAGGAAAUAGCACAGUUGAAAAAUGAAUUAGAAUUAGCGAAAUCCAAUGUGAGCACUUCUGAUAGUAUUAAUCAAAACCUUAUGGAAAGAAUAAAAAAAUUAGAAGAAACUAUAUUACUUUCGGGCACUUCUGUUAAUGACAAUAGUCAAAUAACAAAUCAGAAGACCAAAAAUCGUAGACGCACAUGGUGCCCUGGGUCCUCAAAUUUAAGUACUCCCUAUGAAGACUUUGAAUUGGAUUUGUUUACGGAUCUGCAACUGGAUUAUCAACCACAUAUACCUGUUAGCUCAAAAAUCCCUAGAAAAAAGCCACCUUUAAGAAUUUCUACGUUAUCAGAUAUAUCUGAAUGUGAAUCUCGACCAUCAAUGGAAUUAUCAAUUUUAAAUCUCGAUCAACUUACUGAAGGAAUGGACAUUUUAUCUCCAGUAGAGGAAAAAAUAUGUUGCACCGAUGACAACUUAGUUGAAAGAAGUUUUGGGCCUUCGAAGCAUGAUACACCAUGCCGUUUGAAACGGUUGCUUGCAGAAAAAGAUGAAGAAAUAAAAGAAUUUCAAGCUUUGGAAGAAUUCCGUAAUCAGGAGGUGAUUGCAAUGAUGGCAGAAGUGAAUGAGGUCAAACAAAGUUGUGAAAAAUUGCAAAACACGAUCAUGGAAAAGGAUAAAUCAAUUCAGGAAUUGAAUUGUAACCUUGCUCAAUUUGAAACCCAAAUGAAUUCUGCUACUGAUGAACUCACCAUGUUAAAAUCUGCACAUAAUGAAUUGCUUUGUCAAGUAGAAUAUAAAGAAAAUAAAUUCCAAACACGGGAAAAAGAACUUUUGUCUUUAUUAGAAUUAGCUACUAAAGAACAAAAUGAUACCCAAAAGCAAUUAAAAAAUGAAAUACAAAGCAAAGAUGCACGUUUGGUGCAAUUGGAAAAUUCUUUGUUAAUUCUAGAAAAGAAACAAAUAGAGCUAUGUGAAAACAUCAGUGAUUUAGAGUCUUCACUUGAGAAGGAGAAAGGGUGCAAUGCUGUACUGACAGAAAUAAUUGUUGAGAAAGAUAGACUCAUUAAUCAACUCCAAGAUGCUGCUCUCAAUGCCAAAGAUAAUCAGCUAGAAAUUACUAAACUACAAGAAAAAGUAACAAAACUUGAAUUCUCGCUUGAAGUAGAACACAAUAACAAUAUUCUAUUGGAACAAAAAGUUGAAGAAAAAAACAUUCUUUUAACACAAUUUCAAGAUAAUUUUGCUUCAUCAGAACAAAAAGUGAAAGAAAUUCAUGAACUUCGUGAACAACUUGCUGAAUUGGACUCGAAUUUCCAAAAGAGCCAAACUCUAUUAAAUGAGAUGAUGGAGGAAAAGAAUAUCCUUCUGACUGAAUUGAAAGAUGCGACUCGCAUUAAAGAGGAAAAUGAACAUUUGCUUGAAAAAGAGAUUCAACAGCACAAUGCAUUACGAUUGCAGUUAGAGGAUACAGUCAUUGUGCUAACACAAAAGGAAAAAUUGAUCGAAAACCUUCAACAGCAAGAUUCUAUACUAAAAUCCACUAAACUUGAUUCACUAAAUGAAGAAAUUCAUGAACUUCAUGAAAAACUUGCUGAAUUGGACUCCAAUUUCCAAAAGAGCCAAACUCUAUUAAAUGAGGUUAUGGAGGAAAAGAAUGUUCUUCUGACUGAAUUGAAAGAUGCAACUCGUAUUAAAGAGGAAAAUGAACAUUUGCUUGAAAAAGAGCUUCAACAGCAAAAUGCAUUACGAUUGCAGUUAGAGGAUUCAGUCAUUGUGCUAACACAAAAGGAAAAAUUAAUCGAAAACCUUCAACAGCAAGAGUCUAUAUUAAAUUUCACUAAACUUCAUUCACUAAAUGAGGAAAUUCAUGAACUUCAUGAAAAACUUGCUGAAUUGGACUCCAAUUUCCAAAAGAGCCAAAUUCUAUUAAAUGAAGCAAUUGAGGAAAAAAAUGAUCUUCUGACGAAAUUCCAAAAUGCAACCCAUAUUAUCCAAGACAAGGAUAAUAUAAUUGAUCAGCUUCAAGCAAAAGUUACUCAAAAUGAAGCUGCAUUACAAGAGAAUAAAAACAUUAUGUUGGAACAAGACGCACAAGACAAAGAUCUAUCUGUGCUAUGUGAUAGUCGUAAACUAAUUAAAGAGGAAGUUGAUGAAUAUAAGGCCAAAGCUGAUGAAUAUAAAGGCCAACUUGCUUCAUUGGAAUGUUUGCUUGAAGAGGAGAAGAAACAAAAUGCUUCGAUACAAAUGCAGUUGGAACAUGCAAUGGUUACUCUGGCAGAAAAGGGCGUAAUAAUUGAAAACCUUCAGAAACAAGAUUCUGUACUAAAUUCCACGGAUUAUAAUAAUAAACUUGAUUCUAGUAAGAGCUCAGAUAAAUCAGUCACAGACAUAAAACCUGCAAUAUCAAGGGAUUUCCAGACUGAAGAACUUAAUUCUGCCAGCGAUAAAAACCCUGUCAAUGAUUUUAUUUCUGAUCUUGAAAGUUUAAUUUCUAUUGCAAAAGAAAAGUAUGAAGAAGUUUCAAUGCUAUUGGAUGAAUUUAGUGAGAAAGAGAAGAACUCUUUGCAUCUCCAUGAAAAGGUUAAGGAAAUCCAAGAAUUAAAUAUAAAAUGUCAAUAUGGUUGUGAAAAGUUGCGACAGGAAUUGCAGAACAAUGUAGUUAAAGAAGAAGUUAAAAGUGGUUUUACUCGCCGUGCUUCGGUGUUUGAAGAUAAUUUGAAAGUGAACAAUAAACUAUUCACCAAUCUUUCUGAUGGUUUGCAAAACCUGAACAAUGUUGAUAGUUCACUUCAUAAUUCCAAAGAUAUUUCAUUACAUGAAAGUGAAACUAUUGAUGAGAUAAAGAAAGAAAAUGUUUUCUUAAAGAGUCAGGUUCGAGAUUAUAAGAAUGUAGUAUGCAUAGUACAAAAUGAUCUUCACAUGUUCAGAAAACUUUUGAUGGAUUUGAAGAUGGAAUUGGAAUUCAAUCAAACAAAUAGGCAUUCAUCAAGAUUAACAGCUUUAAUAAAGGAGGAAAUUGACACAACCACAGAAACAUCACUUGACUCUAAAUUUUUAUUGGCUGACAAUUCAAUUGGUAGUAUUUUAGAUGACACCGUAACUAAUGAUGUUUCACUCGUAUACUCAACACCAAAGAGGGACUGGACUGAACUAAACGCUGCAGCUCCCAAUUCAUUUAGUACACCCCAUAAUGGAACUAUGAACAACCUGCUUAAUGCCCAUGAAAAUAAUUUGUUUUCAAUUAACAAGGGACUGAAAUCUGAAUUACGCAAAAUUAAACUUAGAUAUUCAGAAAUGGAGAAAAUACUGAAAGAAAUUGAACUCAAAAAUAGUUCUUUGGAAAUAAAUUUGAAAAAAGUCACACAAAAAAAUCAUGAUCUUGAGAAUGAAAUCGAAACUCACAAUCAGAAAAUUCAACAAUUAAAUAUGGAGUUUGAUGAUUUGCAAUUACAAAAUGCUGAAUUAGAAACUGAUAUAGAAAAAUUAACAUUGGCUAAUUCCCAAUUAAGCAAAGAGUUGGAAAUAGCUAAAGAAAAAAAUGUUCUAUCAGACAAUGAAAAUAGAGGAUUGGAACAGCUACAAAAUGAUAUUUUCAAAAUUGAUAUUGAAAAACAAAAUUUGAUAAUUUCAGAAUUGAAAACAGAAAUAAAAUCAAUAUCAGAGAAAAAUGAUGAUUUGCAGAUGAAUAUAAAAGACAUGAGAAUGAAUUACGAAAAAGAUAUUUCUGCCAAAGUACUUUUAAUUAAUGAUUUGAAAACAAAGAUUUUCUCCUCAGAAGAAAGCCAAGGUCGCUUAAUGCAAGAUAUUGAUCAAUUGCAUAAUGAUCUUGAAGAUCUAAAAAGAAACAAAAUUAAUCUAGAAGAACAGAUUUCCCAAAUAACAAUUAAUUAUAACAAAUUAAGAUACGAAUAUGAUGUUGUUCUAACAGAAAAAAUUGAUGCACAGAAUGCUUUAGAAGAGGCGACCCUUGGAUUCAGUAGUAAAACCAUCAAUGAAUCGUCAAUAGAGACUGAAAUGGCUGACUUAAAUAAUCAAAUUGAGAUGCUAAGAAGAACGGUUCAGGAUAAAGAAGAAAUUGUGAAAGAGCUUCAAUUGAAGAACAUCGAGUUGAGUGAUAGAAUGGAACUAUCCAAUAAAAAUUGUGACCAAUUAAGAAAUGAAUUGAUUUCCUGUGUAAGAAGGGAAGAAUAUAAUGUUGUAACGGAAGAAAAAAUCAAACUAGAGCAUGAAUUACAAAAGUCACUUGAGAGUAAUGAGGUUGCAAUGCGAGAACUUGAUGAAAAAGUCAAUAAUCUAGAAAUGUUACGGCAAGAAAAGUUAGAGCUGUUGAAUACUUUUGAAUCAAUAAAAGCAGAAUUGACAGAACAAAAUAUUAUUGCCAAAUCUGAGCUAGAAAGAGCAACAUCUGAAAUUCAAGUGAUACGAAAUAAAAUGGAAAAGGAAAUGAAAGGAUUUGUGAAGGAUGACUCGUUAAUUGUUGAAAAGCUUUCAUUGGUCAAUCUGUAUGAUUUGAUAAUCAAACAUGUAAUGGAGCAGCAAAUUGAAGUAUUUAAGCAAAUGGAAUAUAAAUUGAACAAGUCUACUGAAUGGUCUAAACAGCUGGAAUCAGAAAUGUCUUCAUUAGCUGAUGAAUUGACGACAAUAAGAAAUAUCAAAGAAUCAUUAGAAAAUGAUUUACGUCUGAUGCAGGAAAAACUGCAAACUGCAAAUGUAGAAAUCCAAAAUUUAAAGGAACACGGAGAAAAAGAUUGUGGCCAUGAUGAUAUUGAGCAAGCACUGAAUGAUCUAAAUGUACAAUAUAAUGAAUUACAAACAAAACAUGACUCAAUGGAGAGUUACUUGCAAAUUCAAAAGCAUGAUGCUGAAAAUUUGAGGAAACAAUACGAAAAUCUUAAGCAGGAUUAUGAUGAAAAUGUUAUUAAAUAUAAACAAGUAUGUGAUGAGCAUGAACUCUAUGUACAGAAUACAAAAGGUCAGUUGAUAAAGCAGGAGAAUGAUAUUAAAGAUUUAUCAGAAGAGUUGAAUAAUGCAAAAACGCAGCUAAUGACACAAUCGGCUGAAGCUGAAAAAAGUAUGAAACGAUAUUUAGACAUUCAACAUGCCAAUGAAGAGAUUAAUGGUAAAUAUAACAAAUUGAUGAAUGAACAUAAAUCCUGCAAAGAACAAGUGAAUGAAUCUUUAAGAUUAUCAGCAGAACUAAAAAAUGCUAAUAAUCAAUUAAUAAUGCAAGAAGCCAAAUUAGAAGAAAAUUUGAAGGAGCACGAAAAAUUAAAACAAACAUUUGAAGAGCUUAGUGCCAAAUAUGAUGUCUUAUUUGUGGAGCACAAAUCUUGCAAUGAGCAAUCAAUUGAAUAUUCAAAAUUAUCAGAAAAACUUAUAAAUAUCAAGGAAAAAAAUUGUGUGUCAAACCAGGAUUUAGUUCAAGAAAUUGAAAAUAAAUAUUGUGCAUUAUUAGAUGAACACAAGAAUUGUAAGGAAUUAGAAAUUAAGAUGAAGAUCUUACAGGAACAAACGGAUACCUUAGUUCAAGAUUUGCGUUCUGAAAAGAGCAUCUUAAUCUCAAAAUUAGAAGAAGCAGAAAGAAAGCUUACUGAAAAUAACGAGGAUGAUGAUAAAUACAAGAAAAUGAACAAUAAAUUAAAUAAAGAUAUAAAACUUUUACGAUCCAAAUUUGCAGAACUUAAGCAAGAAUAUAUUAAAAUUAAAGAAAAAGAAUUUGAUGUUGAAAGCUUCGAACGAGAGAACAAAAAUCUAAUUACAAUGAAAAGAGAAAUAUCAUCUGAAUUAGAAGCAAUCAAAAUGGAGCGAGAUAACCUUUCAAAAGAACUAGAACAAGAAAUAGAGAAAACUAAAUCAUUUUUAAUAAAAAAAACUGACAUGCUAGAGAAGUUGCUUGAUUUUAAACCGAAUAAUCACACAAUAAAGAACUCCUGGUUACCAAUAAAACCAAAUUAUCAUCAAACCUUUGGAGAAAUACUAACAACUUUUAUAGAAGAAUCUAAUGGUAGAAAGGCAAGAUUACUUGGUAUGGAGAAAUUAAUUGAAGAAUGCGAGCGUCUUAAAACAGAAAAUACUACAUUUGCUUCAAACAUAGAGAGCUUGAAAUCAGCUGCUAUAGAUAAAGAACAUCAAAUUAAAGAAAUAAAAAUUCAAUUAAGAAAUUCGCUUUCGGAAUUAGAACACUACAUCGAAAAAUCACGCAAAUUAUCUAAGGAUUUAGAAUAUGCCAAUUCCUUAUUAUCAGAGGCUAACAAGGAAAUUAAUGAUUUAAAUGGAUCAAUUUCUCUUUUGAAAAAAGAGUUGUUCAGUGCCAAUGAAUUGAGCAGUUGCUUAAACAACAAAUGUCAAUCACUACAAGAAAAAUUAAAAGAUUUUCAAAUUUCUAAUGAACGCCUGCAAGAUAAAAUUCAAGCGCUAGAGAAAGCUAAACAAGACAAUUAUGAAUUAAAAUUACGUCGCCGAAGUUUACAUGAUUCUUCGAGAAAUAUUAAUGAAAAAAUUGAUACUGCAGAUAAAUCGUCAUCAACAGAACCAGAUGGUAAACUAACUGAACUUCAGUUGGAAAUAAAUCAUUUAAUGAGUGAAACUGCAAAAUUGAAGAGAGAGAAAAGAUCUAUGAUAUCUGAUUUUGAGAAUAAGCUACAUGAGACACAUAAGAUCAAUCAGAGAUUACAAAGUGAAAUAGAAAUAAAGUCUGCAGAAUUAAGAAAUAUGAAUACUGUUAUUCAAGAGCAGAACACUUUGGUCGAAAAAAGAAGAAAUUAUAGUUGUGUCGAAAAAUGCGUACAAACAGAAGGCCUUGAGGAGGAGAAUUCUGAAAUCAAGACCAAGUACUUGAGAUAUAGGCAACUGUGUAAGAUGCGCAUGAAUGAGAUUCAAGGUCUAAAAGCACAACUUGGACUUACACAAAAUAAGGAAAAUAAUCCAAAUCAUCAAUAA